AUGCUUAAAUCCUUCAUUAUUCCUACAGGCUACGGCGGAUACAGGUUGUCAAAUGGCAGUACCACAUGUUCAGGGAGAGUUGAGCUUCUUCAUGGAGGCUCAUGGGGAACACUCUGUGACUACUUGUGGAAUUUUCCAGCUGCCAAUGAUCUCUGCCAGCAUCUGGACUGUGGAGUUGCACUAUCAAUACCAGAUGGACAGUCCUUUGGAAGAGGAAAUGGGUCUUUCUGGAACGGUACAUUCAGCUGUAAGAAGAAUGGCUCAUACUCGAGAGACUGUUCUGUGAGUGUACUAGAUCAGAACAAAUGCCCUGCUGGAAAUGUUGCUCGUGUGAUGUGCUCAGGGUGCCCAGGGGGCAGACUAGUGAAUGGCACCACAUGCUCUGGCAGCGUGGAAAUCCGCCAUGGAGAUACAUGGGGAAGACUCUGCCACUCCCACUGGAAUUUGCAGGCUGCUAACGUUCUCUGCUAUCAGCUGAACUGUGGCUAUGCAAAGUCAAUCCAGACAGGAGACAGUUUUGUGGAUGGGAAUGGACCUGUAUGGAGAGAUGCUUUUCACUGUGAAGGGACAGAGUCCUGCCUGUGGGAUUGUGCUCAAGUGACUUUGGGCAAUCCAACUUGUUCAGCCAAAGAAGUAGCCACUGUUGUUUGCUCAGGUCUUGCUGAAUCACUCAGACUCUCAGAUGGUCAGAGCCGCUGUGAUGGGCAUGUUGAAAUCUCCCUCAAUGGCAUGUGGGGCAGAGUCCUAGAUGAUGACUGGAACAUCAAAGAUGCUCAUGUGGUAUGCAGACAGCUCCAAUGUGGAACAGCAAAGAGAGCCUAUUACCUUCCAAGGUCUGAACGAGGCAUCGGUCCUGUGGGCUUAAGAAGUGUCCAGUGUGAUGGAAAUGAGACUCAGCUAGUGCUCUGCAAGACCUCCCAUUCUCCGGUGCUGUCAGCAGGAGUUGCUGAAGAUGUUGGUGUGAUUUGCUCUGAGAGCCAGCAAAUCAGGCUGGUGAAUGGAACAAAACGCUGUGCUGGGAGAGUGGAGCUUUAUCAUGAUGGCAUCUGGGGCACUAUCUGUGAUGAUAACUGGGAUCUAUCAGAUGCAAAUGUUAUUUGCAGACAGCUGGGAUGUGGAUAUGCCAUCAAGGCAUUAGACUCUGCUCACUAUGGAGAAGGCUCAGGACAAAUCUGGCUGGAUGACGUGAACUGCACUGGGUCUGAAUCCAAUAUCUGGGCAUGUCCCUCUAGGGUAUGGGGUCAUCACAAUUGCCAACACAAAGAGGAUGCUGGAGUCUUAUGCUCAGAGUUCCUGGAUCUCAGGCUGGUGAAUGGCAGUGGCUGUGCUGGACGGCUAGAAGUUUUCUACAAUGGGACAUGGGGGAGCAUUUGCUCCAAUCGUAUGUCCCAACUCACUGCAGUAACUGUAUGCAAACACUUGAACUGUGGAGAUGGUGGGGAAAUUGAAAGAGAUUUCAAAUAUGGCAGAGGUUCUGGGCCCACAUGGCUGGAUCACAUUGAGUGCACUGAGCAACACAGCUCUCUCUGGCAAUGUCAGUCAGACCCCUGGGAUCCUCAGUCAUGUGAUAACCGAGCAGAAGAGACCCAUAUUUCUUGCACUGGAAGAAAAGGAACAAUGACUCCAGCCACAUUUACUGAGUGUCCAAACUCUACAAGUUGCUCAGACAAGGAGAAGUUACGUGUUGUAGGAGGAGAGGAUGCGUGCUCAGGAAGAGUGGAGAUUUGGAAUCAGGGUUCCUGGGGAACAAUCUGUGAUGAUUCCUGGGAUGUGGCAGAUGCUAAUGUUGUAUGCAGGCAAUUGGGCUGUGGUUCUGCUGUGUCUGCUCUGAGUGAAGCUGCCUUUGGGGAGGGGACAGGUCCCAUCUGGCUGGAGAAGGUCCACUGUAAAGGAACAGAACUGUCACUUUGGGACUGUCCUUCCAAGCCUUUGCUCGGCAAAAACUGUGAUCACAAGGAGGAUGCUGCCGUGGAUUGCUCAGGCGUGACAGAAACAACAGCACCUUCCACUAGAGCAGUUUCAGCCCGCCGCUCAGUGACAAACACCAAGAGAGUUUCAGCACCUGUCAUCCUCUGCAUCAUCCUGGGGGCCCUUCUCUGCCUGGUUCUUGCCAUACUUGCUGGACAGAUCCAAAGAGCCAGGGCACAGCAGAGAGGCUUCAGGCUAUCCUAUGACUCCUUCAAUGAGGUUGUCUAUGAGGAGAUUGACUACAAACUGAUGAAGAAACAGCAAGGGAUGUCUGUCCUCUCAGAAGUCCCACCACUGCCUGGAAAUAACCUGGAAGGUGGUUAUGAUGAUGUAACAGAUUCUCCUGGACCUGAAGAUGCUUCUCUUUCUGAGCAGAGCAAGCAAGAAAUCACUGGGGUCUCAGAAGAAUGUGACAGAAAUAAUGAUUCAUGGAAAGACUGGAGUCCUAACGUGUCAAGAAACAAAACAUCUGAAGCUCAGAGAGAUUUAUCCUCUGCUCUUGAAGACACAGGGUAUGAUGACAUCAAAGAGCUGGGAUAAUGAUUGAGACUGCUGAGCAGUACUGAACAGUUCUGUAAUACAUCACUGUUCAAAAAAUGCUAAUUGGAACCAGAAAAGCUUGCAUUUAGGAUUAGUUUUCAUAAGUUUGGUUUAUUUGCAGAGGAGUGUUAACAUAUGUAGAAGAAAUACAAACAUGAUUGUUAAGACAUUUUUUCAAACUUCCCUUGACUGCAUGGACAAUUUUGCUUUUUAUUUCUAAAUAUUUUCAUUGCUUUAUUUCUUUUCUAUUGAGGUAAUUUUUCAACAUAUGAUGUUUUCUUAUUAAAAACUGUUUAAAGAUCUUUUCUCGAAAGUGUGUUUCUGUCACGGUUUUAUGAUUUUUGUUAUCAGUAUUCCACACCAUAACAUCAUGUAGUACACGAGGAGUUAAAGAGUUAAUGCUCCAGUUCCAUGUUGUUGACCUUAGACAGUCUUAUGAGAUGCUCCCCUUGGAUCUUGGUUUCCAAUUGCUAGCACCUGCAAGUAUAUAGUCGAUAGUUCCAGGUACCUGGUUCUCAGAAGAGAAGAACUACAAAUCCCAGAUUUUCACUGUUCCAUUUCCAUUUUCCAUUUAGACGGAAAGAUGAAACUUCUUGUGAGUCACAAAAUGCUCCCUUUCUUUUACUUCUCAUCUCCGCGGUGUGUGCUCCCUACCCGUCUCGCCUUCAGCAUUAGAGUAAGGCCUUUGGUUUUGGACACUCUCUCAUUUAACUUGAUUUACUAGCUUCAGUUCCAAUUAUAUUGUCUUAUAUUGCCUUGUAUUCCACUAUCACAUUUAGUGAAUUAUUUUUCUCCCUUAGCUUGCUGCUACUGUUUUGUUCUUAGGUCUAUCUCCCUAUCCUUUCACAUUUCCCCUCUCCUGGAGCAUUGGUUGGUGGGUCCCUCUACCCCAUUAGUCACAGACCUGGGCUGAACCAGCCCUAAACCUUUUACGAUUUCUCCCCCAAAUCCAAAGAACUUCUUUCUGGAGAUUAUUAGGAAUGGGGAAUGAACUGCAAGAGAAUUAUUGAUGCUGUGUUUCACCUUUUGGACAUUUUAUUUGUCACAAAGUGUGGAGUCCUGAAUUAAUUUUCUAUAUAGUACUUUAUAAGAUGAGAAACUCAGUGAGAGGCUGUUCUUGUCCUUAGUUAAGAUGCAGAACUAUAUACAAGUGAAUUGCAAAUGUGAUUGGAGAGAGAAACAUUGAUUCUCUUUUUCUCCUUCUAUGCCAUAAUCGUGUAGUUUCACCCUAGCAGGCAGCUAAGUAAAACACAGCUGCUCACUCACUCUCCUCAGGUGGCAUAGGGUAAGAGAAUCAAAAAGGUCAAAGUGUGAGAAUUCAUGGGAAGGGGAAUAGGUCUAUAGAUUAUUAUUCAGGCUAAGGGGGAUCUGUGACACAAUUACAGGAUGCAGAUGAAGUGCAUGUUGGAAUUGCACAGAAUUUCUUGUGGGAUGAUUAGGAGCAGGGACAAAAGAUGGAAAAAGGAGUUUAAAUGAGUAGAGGAGGAACAAGUGUGAGAAAACAGGAGUAACAGGAUAAAAGACCCAGCUGCAUGUAAAUAGUUUGCUGGUUAAUAUACUGUGUAGCCAUGUCCUUUGCCUGUUCAAUAUUUAUAUUAAAGUACUGUCUAAUUAUUUCCAGGAUUAAGAGUCUCUGUUGUUUGUGCACAUGGCUGAGUGGAGCAAAUGCACUGAGAUCACAAGCCACAGGGGCCUGCAUAUCUGUGAUGCCAGUGACUAAUGCGAUCACAGUGUGAGCUGAGGUCAGACGUGUAUAUACGGUGCAUAUGUGUACUCUAUGUGCCUGUGCCUACUGGAAAUACAACUUCAGCCUCACCAUUGGUUGGACAUAAGGAGAAUGACGUGGAGCUUCUUGUGUCUAAAUUGAAGAGAGAUGGAUUUGAACAAUGGAUCUGCAUGGAUGGCUGCAUGAUGGCUACAGAUAAUACAAAAAAUGAAAGACAGUGAUUGUUCCUGUGCUUUAGAUUGUAGCUUAAGAAAACUAUCAGCUGGAACAGACAUAGUCGAUGUCAGUGUAAAAACUACCAGUAACAGCACUAACUUUAUUACUAACUAGGUAGCUUGUGAUAUACGAUUCAUUAAGUGAGUCUUAAUUUUGCUUCAUCUGUGGACAGGACUUCAAAGAGUCAUUGGGACACCUCUAGUCCUUCAUAUAUUUUUAAGUGUACUCUGAGAUUUGUUCAGAAGUUGUGUGGUACUACUAAAGGAACCAUUUAAAAUAAGAUAUAUGAUAUAGAAAUUGCUUCAACGUAACAACUGGGCAUCAACUUCUUUAGCAGACAAAGUGAAGGCUGCUUUCUUCAUGGUACAUAAGUUACUCACUUGAUGACUUGCUCUGCCACGUAUCCAGCUUUACACAGCUAUCAUAUAAGGGAAAGCAGAGUCCCGAUCAGAAUGGCAGAACCAGAAAGUCCAGAUAUAGGCAUGAUAUGUAAGAGAAACAUGAGAUACAAAUGACACAAAAGACUGCAGUGGACUCUCCCAUUGUCUUGGUGUCACAACUAGCCCUCUGUUCUAGGACUUUAUUUAAUUGUUGUUAGCAAAAAAACACUUGGCUACAGAGAAACAGACAUCUCUAGUGCCCCAAAGUGGUUUCAGAAGUUGAUGCUUCUCAAGCAGGGAAUGGUGACACACUUGAAUGAACGUGGUUUCCAAAAUAUUUAUUCCUUCACAU